AAUCCUCAACUUGAGCUGGGUCCUGUUGAUACGGGCGAAGGAUAAUGGUCAGUUUGAUCAAAACAGCCAGCUGGUUGGUCCUGGUGCAAAGAUUCUUCCGAUGAGAUACCCCAAUCAAUGUACCGGUAGAAGCAUUAUCUUACCGUAGCGACAGCGCCACUUUCCUCUGCUGGUGUUGAACUUCCGCAACCCAUUGUGUUAGUUUCUUUUGGUACUAAAGUGUUUGCUUGUUUUCUCUCUUCAAUGAGAAACAGGUCCUUGGAGUGAUGGGCACAAAAUCGAAAGCCUCCAACACAAGUUUGAAAGUUUGAAAGGGCAUGCGACGGUCACUGUUGAAAAAGAUGCCCCCUUUGCCUUGGGUGUCAAAAAAGCAGUUGGCGAGAGGGCAAAAUCCAAAAAGACACCCUGUUCUCAUCUUUAUGGUCGCACACGGCUCCUUCUGAAAUUUCGAAUCGGGUCUUAUGAAGGAGCAUUCUUGUUUUGUUGGCCAUAAUUCCUGAUAUUGGCCAAUAAAUCCUCGUAUACUACCAAUAGAUACCAUGCCUAAAUGUAGAAAACUAUAGGUACUGUUGGCUUUUCACGUUCUGAAGGCAUCAACAAAACACCCCCAGCUAGCUAGCUGGCCCCUACCGGUACCGGUAGCCCCUAGCCCCCAGCUUGUACGGCUACCGGUAGCAUUAUUGGUGCUACAGGUACAACAUACAUGUAGUAUUUGAUACAGUGGAGGGACGAGGGAGACAGGUCGAGAGAGAAAGCAGAGGGCAGGGCGAGUCGAGUCCUUUUUUUAUUACUUAGGAGAUUGAUUCAUCAGGCGAAUUCAAGCAGAUAGAUGAAUAUUAUUUUUAAUGUCAGCACUCAGGUCUGCUGCCUUGUGCUUCUCGAGUAACCAACCGACUUUGCUCAAGUUCCCACUCCUAGCUAUCUACUAGCCCAGAUGGUGCCUUUUACUUACUACCGAAUAUCAAGGAUUGGUCAAGCUUGCAGGAAAUCUGGCUGCUUUUGUCCCCACCACCAAGCAGCCAAUAGGCUUUUUUAGUACACUCCAUCUGAAGCAGCCAUCGUCCUGGUCUAAACAGCUGCACAACUCAUGUUACCGGUAGCUCGUGUACCAAUACGUGUACUUCUGUUGAAACGUUUUGUGCCACUCUCUAUUAGAUCUAUCAGUGGCUUGCCAAAUUAGGUGAUGAAAGCUAGACUACAGGAAAUUUGUUUUUUGCCGUUUUGGGGUCGCAAAAAAAGGUAGGCUGUGUCUGGCCGGCGAUCCAAGUCAUCAUUUUUGUGACACCUCGAAAGAGCAGAGUUUGGUGCUGCGGCUGUGGUGGUGCCGUGUGCCGUAAUCAAUCGGCAGUUAGAGCUUUGGAUCCCUCGGACGGAUGAAUGAGAGUCAUCUCUGUCUUGCCCCCUGGUGUUGACGCUUCCGAAAUACCCUAAGCUCGCACCUUGCUCAUCACUUCAGUAUCUUAGUCCUGUGGUUGAUAAUUGUAGCUGGUUGAGGUUGCUAUCAUAGGUAGCAGCGAGCUGGCGUCUUGCUGGUUACAAGAAUCUCAAUCUGAUCAAAUCUGUGGUCUUUUCCUUCUUGCUGGUGGAUUCGAUCGAUCAUUCUUGGGCUACCAAAUCCGACAACAAUACUGGAACACAAACCGCACAACAAGACACACCGUAUAGAAUCGAAUCGGAUCAAACAAACAAGAGACAAGGGCAGUGUAAAAGUCGAAACAUCUGAUCGAAACGAUGGGUUGUGGAUCCAGCAAACCGGAAGAUGUGGCUAUGGGUGGGGACCCGAGUGAACGCAGUUUCCGUAGUGGCCGCUUUGGCCUUGAUCCCCAGUUGAGUUCCAGGAUCAUUCAAGGGACAAAGGAGGUCGUUGGUGGCGCUGUCAAUGCGGUGAAUGAUGUAGUCAUCAAGCCAACGAUGCAUGCAACAGAGAAAGUUGCCUCCUUGGCGAUUGCUCUCCCCACAACUCUAGGACAAGGCAUCAAAACCCAAGCUCAUCACUUGAGGAACGUGUUUGCGGCGCCACUGGCGGCAGAUGAUCUCAAGGGAUUCACAUUACCCGUAUACAGCAAAACUGAGGAAGAGCGAAAAUUCAUAUUGAAGACUCUCUCAGAAAGCUUCAUCUUUGCCAACCUAGAAAAACGAGAACUAUCCAGUAUCAUUGAUGCCUUUGAAAAGGCGGAAUUCAAAGAUCAAGCCGAAAUCCUCAAACAGGGAGAUGAAGCAGCUGAUUUCUUUUACCUUAUCUACAAAGGAGGAGUUACGUACCAUGUCGAUGGAGAGGAAGUGGGCUCUUCUGAGGCUGGAUCUUCCUUUGGUGAACUAUCACUCCUCUACAGGAGUCCUCGUGCUGCUACUGUAAAGGCAAAGGGAGAGUGCGUCACAUUCCGAGUCGAUCAAAAGUCAUUCCGUUCCGUCCUACAAAAGAAGAAUAUGCAGUCAGCUGAACAGAAACUAGAACUCUUGAAGAAGGUGUCUUUUCUCUACGAUAUGGAAGUUUUUGACCUGCAGAAACUCAGUUCAGCCAUGACACCGGUCAAUUUUGAGCCCAAGGACGUUCUCGUGAAAAAGGGCGAAGCUGGUGAUGCGUUUUUCCUCAUUCAGGAGGGAGAAGUAAAGGUCACGGAUAUUGAAGUUGGAGAGUCUAAGUUCGAGGACGCUACGCUUGGUGAAGGCGACUACUUUGGCGAAAGAGCCCUCAUUACCAGCGAACCACGUGCUGCCAAUGUCGUUGCCGUCUCCAAGGGUGUUGCCAUGAAGAUCGACAAGAAAACCUUUGAAUUAGUGUUGGGAAACUUGUCGUCUCUAAUUGUGAAAUCGCAAGACAAGCGCUUGUUGGCCGGAAUCAAAGUAGUUCACGACACCUAUCUGGAACCCGCAAUCUUGGAUGCCAUGGCAGGUGGCAUCGCUGAUAGGAAGUUCCCCAAAGGAACGGUACUAACGACGGAAGGUGAAGACACCGAGGCAGCAAUUUAUUUGGUCAGAUCCGGCAAAAUCGCAAUACAAUCCAAGGACGGUACCAAAGAUGUCCAUGCUGGAAAGGGUACUUUCUUCGGGGAGGACACCCUGUCCAAUGAUCGCCAGUACGCAAACCGGGGCAACAAGACGGAUGAUUUAGAGGCCAGUGUGGAUAUGAGCUCUGAGUAUGUCAUGUCGAAGCCUACAACAACAAAAGCGCAUUAUACAGCUGUUGUGGAAGAAGACGCAGUGUGUGGUGUGCUAACCUUGAAGUCAUGUCGAACUCUGUUUGAUACUACUCGACUUGGGCGUGGAAAGGGACCGUUGGAAAUGACCGCCUCCAUUGUGGAGAAGAAGGCUCAGUUGUCAGACUUGAAGAAGCAUGUGAUGCUUGGAACGGGAACAUUCGGGCAAGUGUGGCUCGUUUCCUUGAAAGGCGACGACGACAAGGUUGAUGUCUAUGCGUUGAAGAUUCAAUCAAAGACCGAACUCAUUCAAGCUCACCAAGCGAAGGGUGUUGUCCAAGAAAUGACUAUCAUGAAACAGCUCAACCACCCGCUUCUGUUACGGUUGGUCAAGACGUUUCAAGAUGAGCAGUUUGUUUACAUGAUGUUGGGACUGGUGCAAGGGGGUGAACUGUUUAACCGUAUUCACUCGCCAAUCUUCGAUGGUGUCCCCGAGUCCACUGCCAAGUUCUAUGCUGCUGGAGUUUAUGAAGGUCUUGCGUACAUGCACCGUCGUCAGAUCAUUUACCGUGAUUUAAAACCCGAGAAUGUCUUGAUCGACACGAAAGGGUAUCCUGUGAUUGUUGAUUUUGGAUUUGCUAAAAAGAUUGUCGACAAGACGUACACAUUCUGUGGCACACCCCUGUACAUUGCGCCUGAAGUUAUCUUGAAUCGAGGGCACAAUGCAGCAGCAGAUAUCUGGUCACUGGGCGUCCUCAUCAACGAAAUGAUCACGGGUGACACACCUUUCUACAAAGAAGGCAUGGAUCAGCUCGACCUGUAUCGACAAAUUUGCUCUGCGAAGUUUGAGGCUCACCCUAUUCUUCAAGGGAAGACCCAGGCAAUCGACAUCAUCAACAAAUUGCUCAGCAAGGUACCAAGUCAAAGACUGGGCCAGCUGAAAGGUGGGCAAAAAGACAUUUUCGGUCAUCCUUGGUUCAGUGACAUUGCGUUCGAGCAGUAUCGUGCAAGGGAAGUGAAGGCUCCCUGGAUACCCAAGAUCAAAGACCCUCUGGACAGUUCCAAUUUCGAUAGUUGGAAGCAUAUGAAGGACAAGACGAAGCAAAAGUGGCCUCCUUUGGAUGCACAGAAGCAGGCAAUCUUCGCGGGGUUCUAA